CAAAAUAGUGUGAUCAUCCAAUUCCAUUUUACCCACUGCAAUUUGCAUUCACUUUUCACGCCAAAUUCCCCUAAAACUUCAAUUUCAAUCGUCUCUCCUCCGAAUCCAUCCCCUCUCGCUCAUCUUCUACGUUUAAUUGCGCCGAUAAUGGAAGCGAAUUUCCAGCCGAGGAUGAAAAGGAAAGACUUUGAGCAUGUUAACGACGACGUCUCCGAUUUCAUCUUCUCCUCUCCCGCCACCAAAAUCCGUAGGCUGGAUGCUGAAUUGCCGCCGAUGAUGAUAGUGGAGGAGGAGCCUGAGGUCGCCGCCGCGACGUUCGACCAAUCGCAGCAGCUCCUGCCGGAACUGAGCUCUAAAUCAGGGGGUUUGAAAAUUGAAGAGUUGCCGGAUUUGGGGGAGAAUGAGAGGGCUAUUGUGCUGUACCAGCCAAGCACACCAAUCGUCCGCUCUCCUGCCAAUUUCUCCGUCUCCCUUGAUCCUCGAUUCAUCUCCGCGUUGAAAAAUCAAGUGUUGAGAUCAAGCUCUGUGAAUUCUUGGAGACUGGAUAGUGAUGAGGGUGUUACAGAAGAUGAUACUGAUAUAUCUAGCUCGGGCAACGGGUGCCAAGCCAUUGUCCCAUGGCUUCCACGGCCUGCGAAUGGAGAUAACUCUUAUCAACAAUUUGAUGGUGGUGAAAUGAUGGAGGCCGAAGAGACGGGUGAGGCUACUAGCAUGGAUGUUGAAGAUAGUCCAAGCAUCCAACAAAGCAACUCUGGCUCGGUGCCACUGAGCCAAGGUUUGCCUCAAUGGCAGCAGCACUGCACGAUCUCGCAGCCUCCUCAGAACACGGCAAUGCCUAUCGUAUGGUACCGAUGAUUAUUAGGUCAGGCGACACGCGGCCUUCGUUAGAGCCCCUUCUCUAGGUUAGCAGCUUGUUGGGUUGUACUUUGUGUGAUCUUGUUAAGUGAUCAUAGUAAAGGAUUAUCCUUGCUUCAUGCAUGUUUCAAUUUUGUCAAUUACUCUGCAGUUGCUAUAUGUGAAAUGAAGCUUGAUUGUGGUAUCA